AUGAAUCGCAAAGGCCGCCGGAAGCUGGCCAAUGCGCCGCUGAAUAGGAUAAACUUGCUUAUCCAAUACGCCAAUCCACCUACUGUCCCACCUCCUGAGUCGGCAGCCUCGGAAUCUCUUGUGUCGGAGCCGACUUCGAGCACAGGGCCUUCGAGAUCUUCGACGUCAACUCCCGCUCCGGAUGACGCAGCCGCCGAGACGGUCCUUCCCCAGUCUCUCCUGGACAUACGGGCGGCUCUACGUCUCGCUCGUUCCACUCAGCAACCUAGCGUCGAUUCUGACGCGGGUCUGUCUACGUCCACGCAAGUCGGCGUGGAGUAUAACCCGGAUGGGUCCCGGAGGGCAAGGACUGUCACUCGAUUGCCCGAAGACGCGGGCCUCGCGGCCGAUUGCACCUCGCGGGCGUCAGAUGGUGCCAACCCCAACGACCCGCGGUCAGUCGUAGUCACAAACGAGGAUGGCGAGGAAGAGGAUGAGUCCGUUUGGGUCGAAGUGGAACGGGGACCGCCAGCGGGCGCGACAAUGGACAGCGAGCCGGCCUUCGGCGUCAACACCAACGACGCGGAUGCGGACCCCUCAGCCAAACGUCACAAGUCGACCCGCGCAAAGCGCGACCCCAUGGAGGACUUUGUGCAUUACCGCGACAUCCUACUCAGGGAGAUGCUUCGGCAUGAAGGACUCAAAGACGAAGAGCUUCAUCCGGAAACUAACAUGCCCACCUGCGCGUGCGGUCUUGAAGCUUCGCUUAAAUGUGUCGACUGCCUUGAGUACGGGCUUCAAUGCUCGGAGUGCAUGGUAGCGGCGCAUGCAAGUCGCCCUCUACAUCGAAUACAAAUAUGGAAUGGCGAGUAUUACGCUCCGUACUCGCUGGAACGCGCCGGCCUCUGCAUCCAGCUCGGUCACGAUGGCGCGCCUUGCCCACAUCCCGAAGAGAAGAACACGCUGCUGACCGUUAUCGAUGUGAGCGGUAUACAUCGUGUGCGCUACGCGCUGUGCGGCUGCCUCAUCUUGAACUCGUCCGAUCCACCUGUCCAAAUGAUGCGCGCUGGCUGGUGGCCUUCGUCAAUCGCGCGCCCACGGACGGUUGUCACCUUUUCCACUCUCCGCCUCUACCACGCGCUCGCCAUCCAAGGUCGUAUCAACAUGUACGAUUUCUAUAACGGGAUUGUACGGAUCACCGACGGCGCAGGCUUACUCAAGAUAUCAAUCUGCUACAAUGCCUUCGGACGCGCGGUCCGCAUGUAUCGCAACUUACGUGCGGCGAAGCGUGCUGGACGCGGCCAGUCGGAACGUCCGCUUAACCAGACGAAGGUUGGUGAGAUUGCACUGCGCUGUCCGGCCUGUCCAAUUCCGGGCGUGAAUCUUCCCGAGGGGUGGGAGAAGGCUUCGCCAGAGGAACGGUUCCUCUACGCGUUAUUUCUAGCCAUCGAUGCAAAUUUCAAGUUGAAGCUCAAGGACAAGCUCGCGCGCUCCGUAUCACUUGCCGACGGCUGGUCAUUCAUCGUAGAAGAUCUCCCUUACAAGGAGCAUCUCGCUACGAAUACGGAUAUGACCGAGAUGAAGCAUUGUACUUCCGAGUACAAUGCCCUACGGUCUGCGAAUAUGCCGGCUUCGAAGCGCUGGUCUGUAAACGGUGUUGGGGCAAGCAUCUGCGCUCGGCAUCUACUCUAUCGCGCACAGGGCGUGACGGAUUUACCUCGGGGAGAACGGUACGCUUGCAUGGAUUACGGGUUGUUCAGGAUGCUCGGCCUGACGGCCCCGGACCUGAAAACAUUCUACCUCUCGUAUGACAUCGUCUGCGAGUGGUGUGUCAACUUCUUCCACCGGCUUGCUGAGUUAUACCCCGAGCUAUAUACGUUAUCCGACGACGUCAUCAUCAACUUCGUCAUUCCGAAGUUUCAUCUCGAGGUACACGGCGAUAUGUGCAAGGCUUGCUUCGACCUGAACAAGACCCACGGCGCCGCGCGCACCUGCGCCGAAGGAAUCGAAGCGGGCUGGGCAGAUAUGAACGCCGCCGGUAUCUUUACGCGCGAGAUGAGUGCCGCGAAUCGCCACGAGUGCCUGGACGACUUCAUGCAGGCGAUCAAUUGGCGGAAGAUCAAGAAUAUGGCCUCAUCGUUCCUGACGGCGCUGAAAGAGGCUCUCCCGCUCUCCGUUGUUCAAGCGAGACGGUUCGCGAAGAUGAGCAAGACCAUUCCGCCAGCAGUCACCGUCGAGUGGACGGCGCGUGUGCGCGCGUGGGAUGAGAUUAAGGACAAGAAGGGUGCGAAGGAGAAGAGCCCUUACCGCCUUCCUGUACGCUCCCGCUCGUUGGCUGAGGUCAAGCUUGAGAUCGCGAAGGAGGAGGCGGAAGAGUUGAGCAAAGGCGUAUCCCUCAACGACAUGACCGCCAGUUCGUUCAUCACGGCCGUUCUAGCCUUGGAAGACCAAAAAUACAACCUCGAUACCAAAGCCGCCAAAAAGUAUCAAACGGACCACGCGAAGGCCUCUCUUCAGGUCAAACAGAACCAGCUCUAUCUGCGCGCGAAGAAGCUCGAGUCCGCGCAAUCGUCGUACAUCAUUGGUAUCGGCGCAGCGAACGUCUCGCAACCCGAUAAACCCACUGAUGAGACAUCGACGUCAACUACGAAUGGAGCCGAGAAUUCGUCUAGUCUCUCGCCAGAAGCUGGGUCUCGGUCGGGCGAUGCCUCAGGGUCUCCCGCUAUUGGUGGCCGCGGGCGUGGGCGUGGAGGCAAUGGUGGACGAGGUGGAGGUCGCGGGCGGGGCCAUGGAAGGACGAACCGCGGACCGAAUCGCAAGCGCGGACGUUCCGGGUCGGUCGGCGCUGAAGCCUCCUCAAACUCGGUCACGUCAUCGGCCACCGUGGAUCUGCCACUCCCUGUCCAUGACGUCCAUGGCUCAACGGGCGGCGGCGAUGCUGUUGAGAACGAGGGCGAAGCUCUGCGCGUCACGGAGGAGGUGGAAGUUGAUGAUAACGAUGACAACUGGAUCGACUUCAUCGAGGUGCCGGACUACCUGGCGCCUAUGCGCAUCGAUAACAUACGCGUUCAAGGGCGUGGGAAGGCGAAGAAAGCGGUCGCGUCAGCUGAGAACGCAGUCACGCUCUGGUUGCCGUCGAAUCUCGCCUCGGACAUGCGCUCGAAGGUCUGCAAUGGCGAUCUAGUCAACAAGGAGAUCAAAUUCCGCAUCGCUGUCUGCAACGACCAGAUUCACAAUGUUCGACGCGCGGUGCGAACGGUAGAAGCUUUCUACAGCUGCAGCAACAAGGUCGGGUUCCUCACGCAACGGCAUCAGACGCGAAAUCAAACGGCGCUGAAAAGUAUGGUCGAAAACUUGAACCGUCACGUCGAGCGUUACCGGCGCUCCUGGAACGCACUGUGCGUGUUGGACCCGCAGAACAGUCACGGGUGGCAGGCCUCCCUGAAGGAGCUCACGAAGAAGGACUUGCGUACGCCCGAGGAUGACGAGUUACCCACGACAGUCCCUGACUCUGACGAUGAGCUGGCGCAAGCCGCGGCAGCCGCUACCCGCGCAAUACGUGCGCGCGACAAGCGCAAGCGCAAGACACGAGAGGGCGACAAGAGCAUAUCUUGGAUCUGGCUGGUUAACAAGGCCGAUGCGCGCGAUAUGCCCGAGGCAGACCCCAACGCGCCCGAGCGGGAGGUUUACGAAUAUAUGCGCAUUGACUGGAUGAAAGCUCGCUGCCGCUCCCUCCGUUGGGCAGAGCAGGUCAGACUUUUACUCGAGGAGAUGCGGCGCGUCGUAUGGACACACGCCGAUACCGCAGUCAUCUGGGAACGUCGCGCGGCCGACGUUGACGGAAGAGUCGACUUGCGCGAAGACUUCAAACGUGGCGCCAAGGCACACGCUCUACGGCAGGCGAACGUCUGGCUAUCUCUGGGCGUCGGAUGCGUUCAGAAAUGGGAGCCAUUCCUGCGCAAGCAUAAGCGCGCGAUCGACUACCCAGCCCGCAUCCGAAAAGAAGCCGCAAUCGUCAUGGAUCUUGAGGAAGACGACGACACCCAGACAGCUACAACGGCGCCUACCGACGACACCGCGCGUACAAUCGCAGAGCAACGUGCGGCUACGCUCAGCGCUGUGCUACGCAGUCUUCUCGACGGCCAUUCGGACGGUCUAAGCGACUCCUCAUCCGAAGAGGGAGACGAGAUAGAGGGUGGCGACGGCGUGGAUCGCGACGAUGACGAUAUAGAGGAGCUCACACUUGUAACUUCUGACGAGGGUGAAGACGAUGAUUGA